GGAAGUGCUUUGGCAGAAGCAACGGUCGGAGAAGGGUUUGCGUUUAUUACAAGCGCAGUAGUUGAGCACCUCACACGGGAAUGAACUUUCGGCAUUAGUUCGGGUGCACGUCUGAGUGGGCAGCGAGGGAGUAGAGUCCGUUUGUAACGUGACACAAACGUUAAAAAUCCCACAGAAUGGGUCGCAGGGGGUGCUGAAGCCUAUCCCAGCUGACUUCACAAAGAAUAUUUAAAGAUUGUCAUCCUAGUGCAAGUCUUUAGUGACCAAAUCCAUUAUUUAUUUUGGUUUUAGUCCUAAUUUGGUCUUCCAGCACCUGAAAAAGAUGCGCUUCAUGCUGCUGUUCAGCCGGCAGGGCAAGCUGCGACUGCAGAAGUGGUACACAGCCACAGCUGAGCGUGACAAGAAGAAGAUGGUCAGGGAGCUGAUGCAGAUAGUGUUGGCUCGCAAACCAAAGAUGUGCAGUUUUCUAGAAUGGCGCGACCUCAAGAUUGUCUAUAAAAGGUAUGCCAGCCUUUAUUUCUGUUGUGCCAUUGAAGAGCAAGACAAUGAGCUGAUCACACUCGAAGUUAUACACCGUUUCGUAGAGUUGCUGGAUAAAUAUUUUGGCAGUGUGUGUGAGCUGGACAUCAUCUUUAAUUUUGAGAAGGCCUACUUCAUUUUAGAUGAGUUCCUGAUGGGAGGAGAGAUCCAGGACACAUCUAAAAAGAGUGUCCUCAAAGCCAUUGAACAAGCUGACCUACUGCAGGAGGAGGACGAAUCACCGAGAAGUGUACUGGAGGAGAUGGGCUUGGCAUAGUCCACAGCAGCGCUAUGGGAGAAUAUAGAAGGCAGGGGGGUUGGUCAGUGUAGAGUAGAACAUGCAUCAACUUGACAGUACUGGUACUAUGUAUAUGUGAAUGGGGACUGGUAUACACUGUUUAACUGGGGGAGAGACUCAGUUAGUGGAAGAACCUUGCAGUGCCAGGCCCUUUAGCUCUGGGUGGGUGGGUGAUAGUGUGCGUGCGUGUGUGUGUGUGGGUGGGGGGGUCACUUCUAUGUGGCUGCCAGAGUUGUGUGUUUAUUUUUUUUUUUUUAAGGAGUAAGGCAGAGUCCAGCUAAGAAAAUAAGCCACAGUGGUAAACAAUGUGGGUUAUAUACACUUCAGCAAAGUAACAUUUUGCUGAAUGUUUAUCACAGUAUUGUGAUUUUGCAGUGUGACUGGGCUAUGAUACAAAAACUGGUUGAGCAGGCACAUUAUAUCAUGAAGCCUUGUCAGGUACUGACUAUGAUCUCACUUGAGUAGUAAGACUGUAAUAAAUAUUUAAUAUCACUACAAGUGCUACUAGUGAAUUUUAAAGCAUUGACGAUGGUAAGUUGGGGAAAAAACACUUAAUUUAUACAUACAUUAAACAACAUUUAAUGUCAUUCUGUUAUUUAGAUAAUACAUUCGCUCGUAUGAUGGCUUGUGUUCCUGCCUUGUACAGUAUAUUUACACCAUGUUAAGAAAUGCAGGCGCUACAUAAAACAGUGAAGAAAUUAAAAACAAAACAAUUACAAGAAUUAGACAUUUUCUUAAUUUUCUGGCUCCACUCAAAUUGUUCUUGUACUAGGUAAUCAAUUGGUGCUGUCAAACUAUGUCUGAAUAUAUCACGUUUAUUUCAGGUGUUUAAUAUUUUUAGAUUGUAUGAAUACUCCUUGUUAUUGGCCCAUCUUUCAUUGCACAACUUUGAUAAACUGAUAGUGAAGAAUAAACCAAAGACAUUUUAGUAUGGCAUCAGAACUAAAAAAAAGAUCUUAUUUACAUUUGAACCAUUAAUAUGUACUGAGUGUGUAAUCCUGAUGAGAUGGAAAUGUCAUAUGCAGUUUAAGAAAAGUGCAACUUAGAAUGAGAAGGAACACACGUAAAGGUCAGAGUUGAAAAUUAUAGAAAGGACAUGCUGUGUGCAGUGGGUACUUGUUUGGGCUGGGGUGAAAUUACAAGGCAGAUAGAAUUAUCUAGCUUAACUAUAUUUUAUUGUUCUGUAAAUAUUUUACAAAGUUUUGUUUUCAGUGUGACAUCUGUGUGAAAAACAGGCUUUUGCAGUGGGCAGUAAUGGAAUGGGUCAUUCCAAAUCAGCUGAACAAGUUGAAAAAUUUCCAGGCUGAUACCCCUGACAAAAUUCCAGGAUAAUACACUUCUUAAUAGAUAAACUGCUAAAACGAUUACAGUUUACACACACACACCUUGCACCAAGGCAUUAGAAACGGAUAGCUCCUCACACCAUUCUUGAAACAUUUUUGCUUUGUGGCAGCGAGGGUUAUCCUGCUCAAAUAGGCCACAGCCAUCAGGGAUUACAAUUUUAGUGAAAGGAUGUACAUGGUCUACAACAAGGCUUUGGUUGGCUGUACAUGUCAAAGUAACAUCCACAUGAAUGACAGGACCCAAGAUUCCUCAGCAGAACCUGGCCAUUCCCAGAAAGCAUGAUUCCCAGACCAGGCUACCUUCUUCCAUGGCACCACGGUCAAUUCAGUUCCAUUUCAAUUAAAUGGCACCAAAUCACAACAGCAGUUGCAUUAAGGCAUUUAAGUUCUGAUGCUCAAGUGCCCAUUGUUGGUGUUUUUGGUGAUGGAUGGGUCAUGAGCACCCAUAUCGUUCUGCUGUUAUGUAGUUCCAUACCCAACAAAAUGCAAUGCACUGUUUUUCAGAACCAAUAUUUUGGGGGCAGUUUAAGCCUACAGUACCUUGUCUGUUGGAUGAGCCACACGGGCCAGCCAUUGCUCCUCAGAUGAACUGGUGAGUCUUGGCCGACCACGACCCUGUCACUGGUUCAUCACUAGUCCUUUUCAACCACUUUUGACUACUGCAGACUGAGAGCACUCCAUAAGAGCUGCAGUUUUGGAAAUGUGCUGAUCCAGUGGUCUAGCUAUCACAAGUUUUUCCUGCGUCUAACUUUCAGAACCAAAUGUUGGUAAUAUAUCCCACCCGCAACCAGAUACCACAAUAAAGAGAUACUUAUUUUACCUGCUGUAUCACCAAUUGUCACCAAUUUUAAGAAUAAAUAGAUUUCAGAAGUGCU